CCACCAACAAGAACGGGUGUGUGUUGACGUGCUGCGGCCGACCUGCUCCUACCAGUCAAUCAUCUGUAAUUUCCACGUGAUUAUAUAGAAUUUAUACAAGUUAUUUGAAUUUUAAACAUAUUAGGAAACAAUUACAAAAUAUAAGACAGUAAGACUGAGUGACAAGAUGCCUAUAAAGUGUAACACAGGAUGCCAAAAAAAUGCUGUCUUGAAGCGGCCUAAAACAGGAGAUGCACUGUGUAAGGAAUGCUUCUUCUGGGCCUUUGAAGAGGAGGUACAUCACACAAUCACUGCAGCAAAGCUCUUCACUCCUGGGGAUUAUGUUGCAAUUGCAGCAUCAGGUGGAAAAGACUCAACAGUUUUGGCAUACAUUAUGAAGUUACUGAAUGAUCGAUAUAAUUAUGGACUCAAAUUGGUGUUGCUCUCUGUUGAUGAAGGAAUUACUGGUUAUCGUGAUGAUAGUUUAGAGACGGUAAAGCGCAAUGAACAGCAGUAUGAUAUCCCUCUGAAGGUUGUGUCUUAUGAGGAGUUGUAUGGGUGGACAAUGGACCGUAUUGUGCAGGAGACUGGCCGUAAAAGCAACUGUACAUUUUGUGGAGUGUUCAGAAGGCAAGCACUAGACAGAGGAGCCACUUUAUUGGAGGUUGACAAGAUAGUAACAGGACAUAAUGCUGAUGACAUUGCUGAGACGGUCUUAAUGAAUAUUUUACGAGGUGACAUUGCCAGACUUCAGAGAUGUACUGCUCUUGUAACUGGUUCUGAGGGUGCUAUCUCAAGGUCCAAGCCAUUCAAGUACACAUAUGAGAAGGAGAUUGUUAUGUAUGCAUAUUUUAAGAAAUUGGAUUAUUUCUCAACCGAGUGCAUCUAUUCUCCAAAUGCCUAUCGGGGAUAUGCCCGAGCUUUCUUGAAGGAUUUAGAGAAGAUUAGGGCAACUACCAUCAUUGAUAUUAUCCAUUCUGGUGAGUGUUUCUCCGUACGUGAGGGCAUCAAGCUCCCAACUCAGUCAACAUGUGAGUGUUGUGGCCACAUCUCAUCUCAGCCUAUAUGUAAAGCCUGUGUACUUCUCGAGGGUCUCAACAAAGGCAAGCCAAAACUUGGAAUCGGUAAGACCUCAAAGGUCCGAGAGCAUAUGAAUGAAAUUAUAAAUGAAAAACUUGGAGAUGAACCAAAACAAAUUCCCCAGACCACCAUUACUGAUGCAGGGAUCACCGCUACUCACCAUAAUAAAAAUAAAAAUUUAGAUUUUUGAUGACAUGAAAUUUUUUUAAUACCUGUAAUUUUAAUGUAAAAGUAAUAAACCUACAAAUAAAUGUUUCUUUUA